AUGUACAACAAGCUCUUGGCUUAUGCGAAGACAUUUGGAAGGAGCGAAACCAUCAAGGACGGCAUAGCUACGAGCCUUUGGACGUUUCGCCACAGCGUUCGUGAGGAGCCUGUCAAUGCCAAUUUCUGUAGGGUUACGAGAGUUCUGUCGGAUAUGAACUUGUUCAAGACCGUAAAACCUCAUCCCGUGGAGAAAGCCCUUGAACUUGCGAAGUAUGCAAGUGAUGACAAUGACGUGGAAGAGUUCAAAAGACAGCGAAACAUUGUCCUUGCCUUUCUGGAGCUUAAAUGUCAGCGCAUCGUGACAGCACGAAAGCCCUUGGCCGACCUCAUCGAGGAGCAAUCGAAAGUCUCGGGAUUUAUCAAUAGGCAGAUGAUGACGACUGUCUAUGAUAGUGAGCAGGAGAAGACCGACAAAGCAUUCGACCGGGAUCCUACACAAGAAAUCAAGAUUCUUGUCAAGCUCCAUGAGAGAUUGUUCGACUCAUAUUAUAAGCGUGAGAAGGAGACAAGAGAACACAAGCUUGAGGACUGCUACAAAAUUAUGAGAAGCUCUCAGAUCUUGGACGAUUGGCGCAGCUCGUUCGAGGAAGCCACGCAAGACAUGAAAGAGCGACAUCUGCAAAUCCAGGCGACGAGAAAAGCAUUACUCCUGUCUGACCUAGAAAGCGCGGAUACCGGAUUUGAUAUUGUGACUGAAAAGCGGUGGAAGAAUGUACUCAUACGCUGGACGGAAGAAUCGGAAGAUGACUCGGAUGACUCAGCAUGGAAUUUCCUUACACGGCAGGAGUCCUGGGUUGGAGAAUGGUAUUCCAUUUUUCAGACAUGUCAUGAAGUUGCGGCAUUGGUAAAGGCUUACCUGGAGAUGUAG